GUAUUUAACGCCGUGUCCGCCUUGACGACUGUCACACGGGCGCAUCAGCUGGACGAGCGAGAGGAACACUGACCCAGAUUCCUACGCGGCGGACGGCGAGUGCUACGACGCAGCUUCACGGCCGAACCGCCGAACCCGAGACGGAGCCGCGUCUGCCCGCCAGCCAGAAGAAACUGUGCGUGGGACUUGGUGUCACAAUAGAGAAAGCUCCACCAAGCUGUCUGCCUAAAGCAAUGCAGCUUUGACAAGUGCGCUAUUGACUGCUGCAAAUGAGAGCGAGUGAAGGAGGAAGAACCCGGCAGAGACGGAGAGGAGGGGGAGAACGGGUCCUCCCCAAGUUUAAGGGCUUUUUGGAUCGGGGGGUUCAUUGUUCUGCAGAAUCUUCUCAAGGGAAAAGUAGCCAUUGAAAGUCUGUAAUGGCAGAGCUGUCAUCAGCCCAGGUAACAGAGUGCACCUGACUGCUGCCGCUGCACACACUCCGAAUUACCAGCAGCCUCCGGGCAUUUUCUGCAGCGGUAAAAAGGGGAAAAACUGCUGUGAAGGAGGAAAAGACGUGACUGAGGCCCUCACUUUUCUGGCUGGAUUAUUUUUCCCUGGAGUAUUUUUUUUCUGUUUGCGGUAUCUACCUGUGGGAGAAAAAACAAGUGCUCAAGGACAAACAACAGUUUGUGGAUUUGAGUCUGUCUGAGCUGUUUACAAAAGCAGAGACGUGGCUGCAGGGAUGCUUAUUCACAGACAGAGGACGACCUUGCAGCACGGUGUUUGAUCAGCUCCACACUGCGGAGGCCCCGGAGGCGGCCAUGUUGGAUCUGCUGGCGCUGACCCGUCUUGACCCGUCCCCUCGCAGCACGUUGCUGCCGACCUAACCACUCCUACUCAUUUGUUCUUCUCCCUGGCUGCAGGUAAAGGCCCAUAUCCUUGUGGAGAAUGUCCUACGCGUUCAUCCAGCUGCUCACCUGGAGGUCUCCUCACCUCCUCCUCCUCCUCCCGCUGACCUUCAUCUGGCUCCUGAAUCCUCCCAGAGGUGUGUCGGCGGGCGUCUGCCGUGUGACCGGCGGCGUCCUGGGGAUCCACUGGAGCAGCGUGGUCGGCCUGGGGUGGCGUCCCCUGGCGGACGGGCGAGCGGGGGCCACGUGCUGGGAGUCCUGCUGCCUGAAGCCCGGCUGCAGCGCCGUGUGGAGCAUCGGCGGGCGCUGCGUGCUGCUCAGCUGCUCCCGUGGGAGCGGGUGCCCCAUCUGCUCGCUCCCCCAGCCUCACCAGGAGUCCCUUGGCCUCCUCCAGCUGCUCUCCAAGGUUCCUGUCACACGAAGGAACCCUCGUCAUGCAGGUCGACACCCCCGAGCCCAGGAAGGAAACCUUAGCAGCACGGCGCUUCCUAAACUCGAAACGGCCCCAACCGCACCGGUCAGCAUCCCGCUUCGAACCCCCGUGAGGAACGCGAGCCACGCAGCCACCGCCGCUCCGGUCACGGCCCCGGCCGCGCUGCAGCACAACGCGACGCUGGGCAACGGCAGCGCCGCGGCGCCGCCUCCCGGUGACGAUGCCACGUCGCCCACGGCAACCACUGCGACCGCAGCCGCCACGACGCCGGCGCAGGCGGUGCGGGAGCUGGUGGUGUCGGCAGGCGAGAGGGUGGAGGUCACGCUUCCACGCAGCGAGGUGGAGCUGAAUGCCUAUGUGAUCCCAACUCCCCCGCCAGACACAAACUAUGCAUUUGACUGGCGUCUGAUAACUCACCCUAAAGAUUACAGCGGGGAGAUGGAGGGAAAACACACCAAGACGCUUAAACUCAGCAAGCUGACCGUGGGCCUGUAUGAGUUCGGAGUGACCGUGGAGGGGGAGGGCGCCCACGGAGAAGGUUUCGUCAAUGUCACAGUCAAACCAGAGCCGCGGGUAAACAAGCCUCCCGUUGCCGUGGUUUCCCCAAAGUUCCAGGAGAUCUCCCUGCCAACCAGCUCUACGGUGAUCGACGGCAGCCACAGCACCGACGAUGACAAGGUGGUGUCGUAUCACUGGGAGGAGGUCAAAGGUCCCCUGCGGGAGGAGAAGGUCUCUGCUGACAUCGACGUCCUCACUCUCAACAACCUGGUUCCUGGGAACUACACGUUCAGUUUGACAGUGACCGACUCCGACGGAGCCACAAACUCGACACAGGCCACCCUCACAGUCUACAAAGCCAAGGACUAUCGCCCUGUGGCCAACGCCGGCCCCAACCAGGUCAUCCAGCUGCCACGGAACUCCAUCACUCUGUACGGCAACCAGAGCACUGAUGACCAUGACUCGCUGUCCUAUGAGUGGUCCCUCAGCCCAGUGAGCCAAGACAAGGUGGUGGAGAUGCAGGGCGUCCGGACGCCGAUUCUGCAGCUGUCGGCGAUGCAGGAGGGCGACUACACCUUCCAGCUGACUGUGAUGGAUUCGGCUGGACAGCAGGACACCGCCCAGGUCACCGUCUUCGUGCAGCCAGAAAACAAUAAGCCACCAGUAGCAGACGCAGGACCGGAGAAGGAGCUGACUCUACCUGUUGAUCACACCACGCUGGACGGCAGCAAGAGCAGCGACGACCAGAAGAUCGACACCUACCACUGGAGGCAAAGCAGCGGUCCUGUUGACGUGAGGAUCGAGAAUGCGGACGGCGCUUUAGCCACAGUGACGGGUCUGGAGGUCGGCGAGUACGAGUUCACCCUCACAGUAACCGACGAGAGGAAGCUGCAGAGCACGGACACGGUCCGAGUCAUCGUCCGAGAAGAAGUGGACCAGCCACCAGUGGCACAUGUUGUGUCCAGUCCAUCCAUCUCGUUGCCUCUAAGGACGGCCACUCUGGACGGAUCUCACUCCACCGAUGACAAAGGUGGCGUCAGCUACUUGUGGACCAGGGACGGCAGCAGCCCGGCCGCCGGGGAUGUGCUGAACAACUCUGACCAUCAGGCAGUGCUGUUUCUGGGAAACCUGGUGGAGGGCAAAUACAGCUUCACCUUGACGGUCACGGACAGUAAAGGACAGAGCAGCACUGACCACGGCACAGUGGAGGUCAAACCAGACGUGUGGGAACGUGACCUGGUGGAGCUGGUGUUGGAGGUGUCCGUUUCCCAGGUCUCCCACCGCCAGCGUGACAUGCUGCUGCGGCAGGUUGGGGUCCUCCUCGGCGUGCUCGACAGCGACAUUGUAGUGCGAGAGAUCAGCGCUUUCAACGAGCACAGCACACGGCUGGUCUUCCUGGUGUCCAGUGGUCCAGGGCGCCCCCCUCUGGCCGGCCACAGCGUUGCACUUGGUCUGCGCAACAAACUGCGCAAACAGAAGAAUGACUUUCUCAUCUACAAAGCUCGACGGGUGGAUACAGUCAUCUGCCAGCUGAACUGCUCCUCUCACGGCGAGUGUGACUCCUUCACACGACGAUGUGUCUGCCACCCGUUCUGGAUGGAGAACUUCAUUCGAGCUCAGCUUGGAGAUGCAGAAAGCAACUGUGAAUGGAGUGUGCUCUAUGUGACUAUAGCAUCCUUUACAAUUCUGGUUUCCGUAGCAACGCUCAUCUGGGGAAUGGUGUGUUGCUGCAAAAGACGAAAGAGCAAAGUGCGCAGAAACAAGAGCAGAUAUAAAAUACUAGAAGCAGAUGAGCAGGACAGUCUGGAGCUGCAACCACCUCGAGUUGCCCGUGUGAAGCCGGGCCCUGCUCCCACCUCCUCCGCCCUCAUGCACUCGGACUCUGACCUGGACAGUGAUGACGGGCACGGCGGGAUUCCGUGGACGGAGCAGGAGCGAGGGCAUCUCCUGCGGCCCCAGAACGGCUCCCUGAGGAACGGCCAGGGCCCGGCCCGGCCCAAGAAGCAGCGGGAGGAGCUGCUAUAGCAAACGAGGAGGAGGGCGUUCGCUGCCGCCCUCGCGCACACACCUCCUCCAGCUGUCGCACAUCUCCGUUCCUCACUCUUCCUUUUUGUCUUCUGUUGUUCUUCAACACAAACACCUCGCGCGUCUCAUCCACAAAGACAGACUGUGAUGCUUGGAUUUAAGAAGGGGAAGAAGAGGAAAGAUGCGGGGGAGAAAAAAAACUUUACUGGAAUUUCCCUGUUUCUUUUGCUGAGCCAAUAAGGAAGGAAAAAAAAAGAUUACUACUUCUCUAAGAACUAGUGGUGAGCCAUGUUUUGUAUGAAAUAUGGUCCGAACCUGUUAUUUAACACGGAGACACUCAGAAUGUACUGUACCCGUUACACUGGCUAGACGUAAAAAGAAUCCACUCCAAUGACACGAAAACCAGCCACUUGUCACGCUCACACCUUGCCUCUCGUAGACAUGCAUGUACGCACACAAACACGUUGUGUUCACCGUUUCAGGUCCACCCGAUGCUGCCAAACACUGCCAUGUUCAAACAACACUUAACUCGGCUCUGGUGAUUUUGUUAGUGUCUUGUAUGGAUGAGGAGGGGGGAAAAAAACAACCAAACGAGCAAAGGUGCAUGAAGAGUCUGGUUCGAUCUGACACCGAAUGAUCGCCUGCAUGUUUGUGUGUUGGGUGUGUAUGUGGAGUUUUCUGGCUUGUGUGCUCAGAUCAGUGGAGUGUUUCUCAUUUCAUUUAAUUUUUGGUUUGUUUGUUUUUGUUUUUUUUAAGUUAAUGAUCCAGGGAGAAGUUGUGAUGCAGGCAGCAGGUCUUCACACAAAAACAUGCUUUUAUUUUGAAGGCGCCUAUAUUAUUGCUGGUGUUCGCAAACGCUGGAACAGCAUGAAUAUGGCAAAAAGGGAGUGUGGUCUCCGUGGGAGAGUUUUUGUUUGCAUAUUUAUGAACAACUAUUAGGCUGUGAUUAGAUGUUCAUGCACUUUUGGGUUGACAUCCAUUUGCGUCAUGCAUGUUUUGUCCUUCACUGAAGAGGAAUUGGAGAAUGGAACGUGUAGACACUCUUGUCAUAAACUUGAAGCGUUCAUUAUGCAUGAAACACUCCCUUGAAUGUUUGAAUUGAACAGAAAAGUAAGUGUUUGAUGCACUAUAAAUGCUACUGGAGUCCAAGUGGAUCUGUUACUGGCUGCAGGCCUGAAUGUAGGGCACAGUAGGACUUUUGCAGUUUCAACAAUUAGAAUGAACACCCUUCACUUAAUCUCUGAAACUCAAUUGUUUUUGGUCACAAUAUCACGUGAGAAAACCCAAGGGCAUCUGUAGAAGUGAGUUGCACGCAGAAUGUAAACUGUGUAAAUUCUUCACUGUCCGUCAAGGUUUUUGUUGAGACACUGUCUGAGUUUAAGUUCAGUCUAUCUGAAAUCAUUAUUUGAAGUGUUGCAAAUGUUUGUUGCUUAAGGUUAAGUCACUCAUGUUUUUGUCUGUUCUGCUGCACUAGUCUGGAUUUAAAGCACCCACGGCACAAGUGUUUUAUUAUUUAUUCAACUUGUAUCUGCCAGCUCAUGAAACGCAAACUAAAACCAAGUGCACCAAAGUGCCAAGUGUGUGAAACGUUUUCCUCGUGUUUCUUAAGUCCCACACGUGAAAGUUGUUUUUGGAAUAACUGCCAAGACUUGACGAUGACUCACUCAAAGAUCAUUUUUACACCUUUUUUGACAACUUUUUUGAAUUUUUUUUUUUUUGAAAACUCCGCGUUUCUUCUGUUACAUGUUCAGCAUUUGUUGGUCACAUUUUGGGUUUUAAGGAAGUGGGUUGACCUUGACUCUGGUUGAGAUCACUGAAGAAAAAGAAAGUGGGGAGCAGCUAUUGUACAAGAGGGAAUUAGUUUACUAUGUUUUAAAUUAGUGAAGAAUUGCCCCUUAUUUCUUUGUGUGACCAGACCUGAUGCAACUGGAUAAUCUGUAAAAUAAAAUGUUUAAAUUUG